GUCAGUUUAAGGUUACGUCAAAGUCAUUAGCAAUUUUAAAUUAAUUAAGGUAAUGGGGCUAAGAGUAUCGCUGCGGAAAGAUAAAGAAUGGUGUGAUUUGCAUUCCUGCCAGUGGCGUAGCAGAGCCCCCACAGGUGAAAAUUCGAAAAAUAGAAAAUCAUAGUGUGCUGUAAAAAAUGUAAUCAGCUCGGGCGCGAUAAACUAUUGCUCUUGAACUGGUUUCAUGACAUUGGUUAGAAUGUUUAUGGUUUCUUAUUAUGUCGUUCAAUAAAAGGUCCGCUAUAAAAAGAGAAAAGUAGGAAAAAAUAUUCAGUGGAAUUUCCGUUUUGGCGAAAUUUUGUAAAUUUUGCGCCACUGGUGUAGAAUGUGUGUAAAAUAUGUACAUAUUCAUUGUUUCCCAUAUUUAAAUUAGAAGUUUCCGCAGGAACUUCGUGAUAUUGUUUUGGAGACGUACCAUAUUUCAUUUCAAAUAAACAAAUUAGUCCGCUUUUACCAGCUUGAAUGUUCACUCAAAGAAUCCGUCAUGUCAACGAUUUUCGUUGUGUUUGUACUGCUGAGGUUGCUCCUUGCGACUAUGGAACUUGGAACUAACAGUAACUAUAAGAAAACUCCACUACGCACGAAAAAAAUCAACUACUACUGGAACGUCCCAACAUUCCAGUGCGAUUCCCACAAACUUAACUUCACAGGUCUUGCCGAAAAAUACGGAAUAAUCCAGAACGCAAAUGACAGAUUUCGAGGCGACGAAAUCGUGAUUUUGUAUGACCCAGGCAGCUUUCCUGCACUAUUGAAAGACAACACUCAGAUAAUUAAGCGCAACGGCGGUGUGCCCCAAGAGGGUAAUUUAACCCUCCAUUUAACUCUCUUUGAAGAACUGGUUGAAGAACUUAUCACCGAAGACUUCUCCGGCUUGGGGAUUAUCGACUUUGAAAGUUGGCGCCCGAUUUUUAGACAAAAUUUCGGAACGCUGGCACCUUACAAAGAUCUUUCGAUCGAGAUCGAGCAGCAGAAUCAUCCAUUUUGGCCGAGUUUUCUUAUAGAGAAAGAAGCAAGAAGAAGAUUUGAAUUCCACGCAGAGAAAUUUAUGGAAGAGACGCUUUUUUUGGCGAAAAAGUUAAGGGAGAAUGCAACUUGGGGCUACUACGCUUAUCCAUACUGUUUCAAUAUGGCGCCCAAUAAUAUGAAAAUGGCGUGUCCGAAUGAUGUUCAAAAAGAGAAUGACAGGAUUGACUGGCUAUUUCGCCUCAGCGACAACUUUUACCCUUCUAUCUAUUUCGACCAACGUCUUAACGCCAAAGAGAAAAUGCAGAUGAUAGAAGGACGUGUAAAUGAGGCUCACCGGAUUGCUAGUUCUGUUAAGACAAAAACACAUAUUCCCAAGGUAAUUCCGUAUUUUUGGUACAAGUACCAUGGAGGAAAACAAUUUCUUACAAAGGAGGAUCUCUUCAACACAUUUUUGACCAUAUCUGCUACGGAAGUCGAUGGUUUAGUGAUAUGGGGCAGUAGUAAUGACGUCAACACGAAGAACAAGUGUUUGGCUUUAUAUGAAUAUGUUGAUAAUGUUCUGGGUCCAAGUCUAGUCAAUAAUUUCUGAUUUAUGCAAAUAUAGUUUAAUCAUUCAACUGUU